AUGAACAUUCACUCGUCAGUAUUGACAUCCGUAGUCCUCUUGCUCGCUUCAAUUACGGGCUCCGAUGCUAAGGUUCAUUCUGCCAGCAUCCACAAGAAUCCGUUCCAAGACAAUUAUAAAGAUAUUUCCUAUCUAGAAUAUGUUGACUCCAUCAAGAACAAGUAUGUUAACAAUUUUGUCAAGAACUUCAAUGCACCUUUUGUUCCAUUUGUUGAAGAUGCGGUCAUUGAGGACACUCAUGAACUACCCUUAACCAACUAUAUGAAUGCCCAAUACUUCACUGAGAUUCAACUUGGUACCCCUGGCCAGCCAUUCAAGGUGAUUCUAGACACUGGGUCUUCUAAUUUGUGGGUUCCUUCCACAAAAUGUACAUCUUUGGCAUGUUAUUUGCACUCUAAAUAUGAUCACGAUGCAAGUUCCACAUACAAACAAAAUGGUACCGAGUUCUCUAUCAGAUAUGGUUCUGGUUCCUUGGAAGGUUUUAUUUCACAAGAUUUACUAACUUUUGGUGACUUGGUCAUUCCAGAGCAGGAUUUCGCUGAGGCAACAAGUGAACCGGGCUUGGCGUUUGCUUUCGGAAAAUUCGACGGUAUUCUAGGUUUAGCUUAUGAUACCAUCUCGGUGGACAAGGUUGUUCCUCCAAUUUACAAUGCCAUUGACAAGGGUCUAUUAGAUGAGCCACAGUUUGCAUUCUAUUUGGGUGAUGCCGCUAAAUCUAAUGAUGAUGGUGGCAUCAUUACCAUUGGUGGUUAUGAUGAAAGUAAGUUCCAUGGUGAAAUCACCUGGUUACCUGUUAGAAGAAAGGCGUACUGGGAAGUCAAAUUUGAUGGUCUUGGAUUAGGUGACGAAUAUGCUGAAUUAGAAGGUCAUGGUGCAGCUAUCGAUACUGGUACUUCCUUGAUUGCUUUACCUUCUCAACUGGCUGAAAUCCUAAACUCCCAAAUUGGAGCAGAAAAGAGUUGGAAUGGUCAAUAUACCGUUGAUUGUGCUUCAAGAGAAUCUCUACCAGAUCUCACGUUUACCUUUGAUGGCUACAAUUUCACAAUUACACCAUACGACUAUACCUUAGAGGUUUCUGGUAGUUGUAUUUCUGCAUUCACUCCAAUGGAUUUCCCAGAACCAAUUGGUCCUUUGGCAAUUAUUGGUGAUGCUUUCUUACGGAAGUACUACUCGAUUUACGAUCUAGGCAAUAAUGCAGUUGGCUUAGCUAAAGCUAUUUGA